AAAAAAAAAGAGAUUAAAAUUGCAAAAGUAGUGGCAUGAAAGCAGGUGUGUUAUUGGCAACACAUGAAUGAAUUAUUCCUUUCAUUGGCAUUGCUUUUUGCUCACACCACUUGCUUCUCCUCCUUACUCAUCUCAGCAUGGCCUCAAAACCCUUCAUCGCAUUAGCCACCACUGUUCUCUUCUUCUCCCUCAUCGCCGUCAAUCAUUUUGGGAAACCUUUCCACGGCAAACUUGGGGAAAUGGAAAUUGUCCCAAUUACGGAUGCCGUAGGACCUGAAAGUGUAGCAUUUCACCCAGUUGGAGACGGUCCCUACGUCGGAAUAUCCGACGGUCGGAUUAUCAAGUGGCAACCAAAUGAGCAUCGGUGGAUCAGUUUUGGCAUCACUUCUCCUAACAGAGAAGGGUGUGAAGGGACAGACGAUCAUGAAACUAGGGAACACAUAUGUGGACGUCCAUUAGGCAUAUGCUUCCACGAGAGUACCGGUGACCUUUACAUUGCGGAUGCAUACAUGGGACUGCUAAAACUAGGUCCAGCAGGUGGCUUAGCCACUCCUAUCCCAACGCAUGCUCAACCUCAACCUAUCCCUUCCACAUUCACCAAUAGCUUGGACAUCAAUCAAUCUGAUGGCUCCAUUUAUUUCACCCACACCUCUUCUCUUUAUCACAGGAGGAACCAUAUAGCAGUGGUUCUAAGUGGGGAUAAAACAGGAAUGCUGUUGAAAUACGAGCAAGAAAGCAAACAAAUCACUGUCCUUCUAACCAAUCUUUCGUUCCCAAAUGGAGUGGCAUUAAGCAAAGAUGGCAGCUUUCUUGUGUUUGCAGAAACCACCAAAUGCAGGAUCCUAAGGUACUGGUUAUCAACACCCAAAGCUGGAAACCUGGAAACAUUGGCACAACUCCCAGGAUUCCCAGACAAUAUCAAAAGGAGCCCCAGAGGAGGAUUUUGGGUGGCCAUUCAUUCACGAAGAUGCAAGGUUUUGUCAUGGAUUCUUUCGUAUUCAAAACUAGGGAAUGCUUUGAUUUGGGUAUUGCCUGUUGAUGUCAUUACCAAAGCUUAUUCAGUGAUGUCGAAGUAUUUAGGAAGUGGGCUGGCAUUGAGGAUAAGUGAAGAGGGUGUUGUUUUAGAAACUUUGGAACUUGAGAGUGGGAAUAAAAUGAGUUCCAUAAGUGAAGUGCAAGAGAAAGAUGACCACUUAUGGAUGGGAUCAAUUAACAUGCCUUUCCUCGGUGUGUAUAGGUUAUAAAUUUUAUUUACUUUUUAGUUCCAAAAUAAUAAUAUAAAUAUAAAUAACUUGAUAUUUUAAAAAAAAUUAAAAAUAUAUAAACUUCUUAAAAAUACA